GCACAGCGUCGUACAAAGGACAGUCUCAUUUGCUGCUCCCAUGCAGCUCCCUGCUUUCAGCUAUCUACAGAGGGUCCUCAAUGAAGCAGUUUGAUCGACCGUGAGAGGUCAUCUGGCGGAUGGUGCACCAAUCGAUUGUGCUUGUCCGUCUGCGACAGGAGCCUGGACAGCUGAAGGAGAUUAGUGGACGGCAAGAUGCAGGAAUGAUGACAAAGAAAGGCCAUGCCACACGUGCAACGACAAAGAAAGGUUUUGACAUCUCCAGGCAGGACAUAUUUCUGGAGACUCGCUUGAGGAAGAGCACAGAAGGCCUCCAGCAGGAAUUGAGAUUUCAUCCGGUCGCUCAACCAUGGUUCCAGCAAUGGCUGCAGGAUCUGAGCCUGGUCAUGGCAAGGUCCAUUGAUGGGACAGAGUGCAAACAAAAGACCACAGGUGUAAGAUGAGCAGAGGAGACGUUGUGGAUCUUUGUGCGUUGAGUAUCGUUCUUCAUUGUCUGCUGCGAUUCCUUUAUGAUGCUUUGUGGGAUUUAAUUUAGCAACUCGUCUUGCCAUGUGUCGCCAGUCUGCGCAUCAGUGUGUUCGACCUUUAUUCGUAUGUGCCAGAUGCAUUUCCUGCAGGAUCUUCGAUAACGCCCUGUUUUUGCAACAAGCGAGCUGGCUGGUACACUCCUUCCGAUAUCGAGACCCAGACAAAGUCACCUCAGAUUGCAGACUUAUUGAUUGAUUGACGCGGUGUGAAGAGAAGAAUCUUCCUUCGGUUUAGGCGGGAUCAAGGUCCGAAGCGAGGCCUCACAUGCUGCAAACGAGCCUUGUCACUGUAAGAAAGACUGUGCGAAGUGCGGCGUCAAGAGCAAGUGAGAGAGAGAAGAUUGUACCGGACCAACAGUCAAGAACGCAACAACCCAAGUGAUACAGUCGCAGCUCCCAGAUUAAGCGUUCUCAGAAGUUGUUUUCUUCCAUCCGACCAACCUCACCACACGCGCACCGCUUCCUCAGUCUUUAUCAACCCAGUCCACUCCUUAAUCCAGCCAUACAUAACACCUCUGCCUUCCUUUCCCUCGCUCAUUACAAUUGUCACACCUUUUCAUUCAGUCGAUCUGGAUAUCCAAUCUCUUCAAAUUCAUCAAGAACCACCAAGAAACCUCUGUCGCAGGACGAUACCAGUAAGAUAGACCAACACAAAGGGCCUACAGUAUACUGUCGGGCGACAGGACGAACGCUAUGGCCGCACUCAAAACCAAUCCCACCAUGCCGGUCAUGACUUUUGUCGCGAUCCUCCUCUACGUCCUUCCUGCUCAAGCCUUCUUCCGUCACCUCUGCUUUGGCGAACUCGCGAACGGCCGCAUCGAUCCCAUCAUGUCGCCCGGUUUGCCUUCCCAGCAUCUUCACGUCACUUUUGGCGCCUCCAAUCUCGGACUUGACUCUUCCAUCGAGGAACUUUUGGCAUCCAACUGUACCAGCUGCUCCAUCACUCAAGACCAUUCGGCAUACUGGGCUCCUCGCAUGUACUUCCAACAUUCCAACGGCACUCUUCAAAUGGUUCCAACUUCUGGCGGAAUGACUGUGUACUAUUUCACCGAAGGCCCAGGCGCAGGCUAUGGUCAAGAGGUUACCGCAUUCCCCCAAAACUUUCGCAUGGUCGCCGGCAUGUCGCCCAAGCGUGCUUUCUACGGACCGCAGCCUGACCCACCAAUGGCACACUGGCAAGACACUGACCGCACUCAACAAUCCUUGAUGGAAAAAGCGGUUGGCUUCAAUUGCCUACACUACGCCAAUUCUCCAAAUGAAGGCGCUAUGGAAUAUCAUUACCUGCGAAACAAAACCUAUCUUGACGAAACUUGCACAGAUGGUAUCCGCGCUGAGUUGAUGUUCCCAUCCUGCUGGAAUGGCCAAGAUUUGGACAGUCAAAAUCACACAACACACAUUGCAUAUCCGUAUGAAAUCAAAUAUGGAGAAUGCCCAGAGGGCUAUCCUGUUCGACUGCCUGUUCUCUUCUACGAGACCAUCUACCAGACGAACUUGUUGAAAGGUCUUGAAGGACAAUUUGUCUUCUCAAAUGGCGAUCCCACUGGAUUUGGCUACCAUGGUGAUUUCAUCUGCGGGUGGGACGAAGGUGUUCUGCAACAAGCCAUCAACAACACUGCCUGCACAAACCCUACCAGCAGUGGUCUGCAGGAGGAUUGUCCAAUGUUCAACCUGCAGAGUCCAGCUGAUGCUACACAAUGCAAGCUUGAGAUGCCAGAAGCGAUUCAACAUGAGCGUAUCGACUACAUCCGGGAACUACCGGGCGGCAUACAAAUUCAGUACGGACCGGAGCCUGCUACAAUGCCGGGAGCUGCCUCACCUGCGUCGCAAGUUGCGAACAGCACAGUCUCUCCUACACCUGCGAAUCCGACACCAGGACCUACAGCAUCCACCUCCCCAACUACUUCCAACGUCAUUACUCCCAUGGCUAGUCCGAUCUCGGAUGCUCAAACUACAAUGACGACAACCUACAUGAGCAAUGGUGUUGAAGUCCACAUGGUGGUGGUUGAAGAAGUUGUGACAGUCACUGUGUCCAACGGAGCAACUCCGACGGGAGAGCGCAGAAGACGCCACCUCCACAAGCAUACCCAUAACCACAGCGGAAGACAUCUGCACUGAAGACCACGUGGGUACAGGCGGGUAUACCAACCGAGGUCCUCUCCUUGGCUAUCCAGACAAUACCUGACAUGUCUUGGAAAUCACCCUGCAUACCUUAUCUAUUGACUUCUCGCGAUGUGAACGGUGCCAGGCGCACCAUGAAUGAUGACUGCACACAGAACAAAUGAUUUCAAACGGGCUGGAGCUUGGUGAUUAGUUCGGAAAUGGGCUUUUGAUGAGCUGACUGAUGACAAUUACUAUCAUGGAUGAUGGCAAGCAAUGAGCUUUUGAUGUGGAAGGCGGUUUGUUGAAACCAUUUCACUGUUGCUUUGUAGAAUAGCUACUUCAGGUAGAUAUUUCUCGAACGACGAAACAUUUUCA